GAAAAUUGAGACUAGUUUAUUUACAGUUUAUCGCAAUGGACAGUUUGUUACUGGAAAACUGAAAACUUCUUCAUCUGGGAAUGAUCAUUCAUAAUCCCGAAUGUAUUUCUACAUUUCCACGGAAGAUCUCAGCAUCAUAGAAUAUCAGACAUUUUUAAUGUGACCAGUGACCACGCUUGUCAUACGUACAUAGAGAAAAGGUAAGGUAUUGGCCAGGUAGGUAUUUUACCUAUUCAUUUUGUCAGUUUUAUAGAUAAUUUUGACACACAUCAACAAAAUUUCACCAAUAAUGUUCCAAUUGAAAAACCUUGUAGGCUUUUUGCCGCCUAGAAUACACAUUAGCAAAUCAAUCCGGUUCAACUACAAUAAAACCAGAAAUAAUCUGAAAAUCAACAAAGACACCAAAGUUAUUUGUCAGGGAUUCACAGGCAAACAAGGCACUUUUCACAGCAAACAAAGCAUCGAUUAUGGAACGAAUAUGGUCGGAGGUGUUUCACCAAAAAAAGGCGGAAAAACUCAUUUAGGUUUGCCAGUUUUCAAUAGUGUGAAAGAAGCUAAAGCUGCUACGGGAGCUGAGGCUAGUGUCAUAUUUGUUCCACCACCAGCUUGUGCUAAAGCAAUUCACGAAGCAAUGGACGCAGAAAUCGGCCUGAUAGUUGUCAUUACGGAAGGUAUUCCACAGCACGAUAUGGUUAAGGUAAAAUAUAGAUUGCUGCGUCAAGCCAAAUCCAGAAUCGUCGGUCCAAAUUGUCCAGGCGUAAUUACUCCAGGCCAAUGCAAAAUGGGUAUCAUGCCUGCAGUCAUACAUAAAAGAGGAAAAAUUGGAAUAGUGUCCAGAUCUGGCACAUUGACCUACGAAGCAGUAAACCAGACAACUUUAGCAGGCCUGGGUCAAACUUUGUGCGUAGGCAUCGGCGGUGAUCCAUUCAACGGAACCGAUUUCAUAGAUUGCCUGGAAAUAUUUUUACACGAUCCCGAAACCAAAGGCAUCAUAUUGAUAGGUGAAAUUGGCGGUAUCGCCGAAGAACAAGCAGCUGAAUUUCUUAAGAAGCAUAACAAGGGGGCGACGAUGAAACCGGUGGUUUCUUUUAUUGCUGGAAUGACUGCACCACCUGGACGAAGAAUGGGACAUGCCGGUGCAAUUAUUUCCGGAGGCAGAGGUAAAGCAAUAGACAAAGUGAAAGCUCUAGAAGCGGCAGGAGUUCGCAUUGCAAAAUCGCCAGCUAUGAUGGGCGAAGAAUUAUUGCAAGAAAUGAAGAAAUUGGAGAUUGUUUAAUUUAUUUUAUAGAAUUUUACAUAUCAGUAUGCGUUUUAAAAUAAUUUUUAUCCCAAUAA